AGCCUCUUUGGCAGCUUGUUGUGUCAUCUUGGUUGCUGCAGAAUGGCCACCGUCGUGAGAACAUGCGUGGAGCCGGCACUGCCCUGCCCAAAGAAGAGGCGCCUCGAAAGUGAGGAUGGUGAGAAGCCACGACCGUGGCGCAUUCGCCUCGGCGAGCGGGCGAAAGGCAUCCGCAACCCAAUUCGGGAGAUCAUGGAUACCAUUGCUGGCAAGGAGAACCCGGCGAAGCCGCUGGUGUCCUUGGCGCAGGGGGAUCCCAGCUGCUACCCGCACCUGCGGCCCAGCUCGGAGAUGGUGGCCUCCCUCUCCCACGCUGUGACCUCGGGCCUCAACAACGGCUACCAGCCCUCACAGGGCAGCGCCCGGUGCCGCGCCCAGCUGGCGGCCUUCUUCAACGCCCCAAGCCGCCCCACGCUGCAGCCGAAGGACAUCUUCAUGACGCUGGGCUGCUCCGAGGCGCUGUCCCACUGCAUCGGCGCCUUGGCGGCUCCUGGCAGCAACUUGCUGCUGCCGCGGCCGGGCUUUCCGCUGUACCAGGUGCUUUGCGACUAUCAUGGCGUGGAAGUGCGAUACUAUGACCUGCUGCCGAACUCUGGGUGGCAAUGCGAUAUUGGAGCCAUUGCCAAGUUGGCAGAUGAGAACACCUGCGGCUUGCUCAUCAACAACCCUUCGAAUCCCUGCGGCACGGUCUUCUCGCGAGAGCACCUGGUGGAGGUGCUUGACAAGGCCACAGAGCUCCGGCUGCCGGUGAUUGCCGACGAAGUCUAUGCUGGCAUGGGCUUUGCCAGGCCCUACGUGUCCUGCGCUUCUGCGUCCGCCAAAGUGCCAAUCCUCUCAGUGUGCGCCUUGUCCAAGCGAUGGCUGGCGCCAGGCUGGCGGAUUGGUUGGGUCACGGUCUAUGACGCCGACGGAGCCUUCGCGGAAGCUGGCGUCCCGGAGACCUUGCUGAAGAUGUGCCAGGUCUCGCUGGGUCCUUCCGCGCCACUGCAGGCGGCGAUCCCGGAGAUUUUGACCUCCGUGCCCGACGGCUGCCCCUGGCACAGGGAUGUGCUUGCAGCCCUGGAGGCCAGCGCCCGGUGCUGCGUGCGGCGGUGCCGGGCCACCAAAGGCUUGGAGGUGGCGGCAGAGCCGGAGGGCUCCAUGUAUUUGAUGGUGCGCAUUCAGCCCGGCGUGCUGGACGUCGAGGACGACGUGCAGUUCGCGGGGAAGCUCCUGGAGGAAGAGUCCGUGGCAGUCUUGCCCGGCCAGUGCUUCCUGGCUCCAGGCUUCUUCCGCGUGGUCUUUGCGGCACCCGUGGAGGUCCUGGAGGAUGCUUGGGAUCGCAUCGAGGAGUUCUGCCGCCGCCACGUGCGCGUCAAGGCCUCGCCUGGACCGGGGCCUUGCGCCGCGCCGCCGGAGGAGGUGGCCUGAGCUGCAACGGAUUGAAUUCACAACGUUCUGGCGCGCGGCUUUCAAGGGACGAGCGCCGGCGGUGCGCAAUUUGAGAAGCCGGUUGGGCUCUCACUUCGCCAUCUUCCACUUUGAAUGGGUGUCGAAAGCCUGCGAUUGGUAGGCACUUCUCGGCCUGGGAGGUUGGGCGAAGGGCCUCACGGUGGGACUUUCCGGCCAGAUGAGCUUCCCCUGCCCGCCGGUUCUUGC